AUGGAGCAAGUUAGGCUGGAGCAAGAAUGUCAAGAGAAAGAGAUGAUGGAGAAAGAAUGCCAAGAGAAGGAGAGGCUCGAGCAACAGCAUCAAGAGAAAGAGAGGUUGGAGCAAGAGCACCAAGAGAAAGAGAGGCUGGAGCAAGAAUGCCAGGAGAAGGAGAGGAUGGAGCAACAACGCCAGGAGAAAGAGAGGAUGGGGCAAGUUAGGCUGGAGCAAGAACACCAGGAGAAAGAACACCAGGAGAAUGAGAGGAUGGAGCAAGAUGUUAUCAUGGCUGACGAUGCACAUGAAAACGACCAGCACAUGCAUGUCAAUGAGUACCAUCCACCUGCCAUGGCACAUUCCUCGUCACCUGGACACGAGCUUGAGCCUGCAGAUGAUGCUCUCAUGACCAUCAAGAAUGGUCUCAUCAUGCCAUAUCUCCUCCCCGCUAUAGACCCUCAUCCUAUAGGGACUAUCUGCAUCAUUGACCUGUAUCUCCCCCUCAUAAUCGCAGCACACGCCGAUCAUGCUCUCCGGUUGGAUACCAACUGUCUGCGCGCUACCAGAGUCCUAGAAGGCGUCACUCACCCUCCCCCUCUUAUCUGUCCUCAUCACGCCAUAACCUUCAAAGAACAGGUCCUCCAGCUCACACAUCGUGCUACCCUACUCCGCCUUCCCAACUCUCGGCUCCUGCUGUGA